AUGCCUCCGAUAAACCUUCACACCCAUAGCCCCAUCAACGCAGCAAAGGCAUUUGAUGCGAAGGACCCCCCCAAGACCGCAACCCCAGAGGGUCAGUCUCAAUCGGGAACAGUUCCCAACGCCAACCCCGAUCCCCAACCCACCGGGACCGCCACGCUCAACCAGGCUACACCCACCUACCUCACCUCCGACCGAACUCCUCCACCUCCCCAGCCCGGAGCAGUCCCAAGUCUACCCGCCCAAACAGGGACCGGGACGAGCCAGGGGCAAGACGUCAAGUACCCCCAUCUCCCACCCCAGCCUUCAUCUCAGUACUACCCAGGAAGCCCGGCAGCACCAGCACCAAGCGGCCCAAUAACCAGUCCACCGCACCAAAUGUCCAUCCCGCCACCCACCGCUUCCUACAACUACUCCCAACGCGGAACGUCUACCAACACAGUCCCACCACCUCCCACGAGAACCCUACCGACCUAUCUCCCUGGCGCCUCCCCGGCUGAGCUUGGACUUCGACCCCGACCCGGAGCUGGAUCUGGAUUUGGAUGCGGAGGAGGCGGUGACCUCUCCCACCCUCCCGGGUACCAACAAGACGCCAUGGCGUCGGAUAUGAACCAGGCUCAGCGCGCGGCGCACGAGUAUGCUGCUUCUCAUGGGGGUCAUGGUCACGGUCACGGUGGUGGUUAUGGUGGUGGUGGUGGUGGUGAUGACGACGAAGGGGUCUGGAACUCGGCCAAGAAGUGGAUUCAGGAUGCGGGGGCGAAGGUGGCGGAGGCGGAGAGUGAGGUGUGGAAGAGGAUCAAUAGUCAGAAGUAGUCGAAGAUGGGCAGCCUAUUACGCAGUAUGCCGGGGGGUUCCUUCCAUUGUAGUGUCAGUGAGAAGGAAGGAGGGCGAAGGUGUAUGUUUCGUAUUCGUUGAGAGCGUGUGUGGCGUCAGAAAGUGUUGGGAUUGAUAUGGUAUGUCUGACUUCGCCGGUCCAUGUUGUCUCAUGAAAGACCCGUGAUGGAAUUCAUUCUCUAUUCGGUUGGAAAUGGGAAAUAGUAUUCGAUAUCCCAAUCUAACUUCUGCUUUUUUACAUAUGGCAUGAAUUUCUGAAUGUGAUGAGGGAAAAUGGCUAAGAGGGACACUCCGUUCUAUACCAUUAUGAGCACUCUACAUAACGACUGCAAGUUACGGCGUGACCUCUUCAUGUCAAGUAUUAUCAACAAGACU